AUGGCUGCAGCGAUGAUUAAGAAGAGGCUAAAGGCUGCACAAGAGGCUAUCGGUGCGAAGGAAUUCGAUAAAGCUCGGAAUGAGGCUCAAAAGGCCCUCGAGUUCGACGCGAGCAACUACAGAGCGAACGUAUACCUUGGUAUUGCUCUUAUGAAUUUGGGAGAACACGCCCAGAGCGAGCAAGCUUACCGGUCAGCUAUAAGCUCUGAUGAAAAACACCCACUGGCUUGGCAGGGUCUCUCCAAACUCUACGAGAAGCUGGAAGACUGGCCGGAGCAUCUCAAAACGCAAUACCAGUUAGCUGAGCUGCACGCGAAAUCCAACGACGCGACGAAAUGCGCGGAGGCCGUUCAAAGUAUCGUCCAGCGUCAUCGGAGUGGAGGCAGCACACCAGAACAGCUCGCGCAAGCACUGUCGUUGUAUCUUCCCGACUCUCCGUUCUACCCUAUUCUAUUCACCCUGCCCCCUCCCGACCUUACAAACCCUACAUCGACCACCACUUUUGAGGCGCAAUCGGCCAUUCAAAAUUCCUUGCCGAUCAUAGAAGAGCUCGUGGACAUAUACGAGAAAGCAGAGAGGGGUGUGGCCGAGGAGGAAAUCAAGCGUCGAAGGCAGAGGCUAAAUGGGCCUUCGCUGGAUCAAACCCUCCGUGAUGUUGCUUUGGAGCGGAUAUCGAACUCCAAGCUUCCUGCACUCUACAAUGAAAUCAUCAACCAUCCUCAGACGACCGAUGACCUCCGUCGGAAUACGGAGUCGAAGCUGCUCGAGAUGACGCAACAACAUCUAUUCUCGAUUCCUGCGGACGACAAACACCGCAAAGAGAAGGCCCGUGUGGCUGCCGCGCUCGACGAGCUCAUCGGCGGGAUUGUGCUGCUGAAAAUCCCGAAUCAACUGGCGUGGACCCUCACCACCGAAGGGAAAGAUGCCGAACACAUUGAGGAUUAUGACUUCCAGGUGCUCCAACAGUACUCGGAACUCUUCCCAAAGUCACCGCUGAGCCAAAUGAUCGGUGCCUACUUCGCAUACAUGGACAUUCAUCCCGACGAAGACGAGGAGGAGGAAGGUCGGCCAAACGUUCUCGUUGAGGAUCCAGAAGUCUGCGUAGAUGUGAUGAUGGAGGCGUUUUCGAGUCUUAGCGAUUCAAUACUUGCGCAUAGACUCAUUGCACAUCUAUACGAACAAGGGGCAGACUACGAGAAUGCGAUCAAGGUCGCUGAGAGCGGACUUGAGCUUGUUUCUCGCGCAGAGCGAGAUUGGGGCCGACCAUCGAACGGGCGAGUCGAUUCUUUCACCCUUCCAGCGUGUGUCAGAAAAGCAUUGAAUAUCACCCUCGCGACUUCGCUGGUACAUCAUUUUCCACCGAAGCAUCACCUUCGCGCAUUGAAGAUUGUGGAUGAGCUCCUCCGAGGAGAUCCAGACAAUAUUCCCUCACUCAUGGCCAAGGGUUUUAUCCUCUAUUACGCAAAAAAGUGGUCCCAGGCUUCUGAGGUGUUCGGAAAAGUCGCUGCUCUCGAUCAUGAUGGACUUCUCGAAGUCCUUCGUGCCAAGGAAGAGCAUGCCUGGUGCGAAGCGAUGUGUGGCAAUCUGGUUGCCGCCGCAGACGAGCUUCGGGUGGUGAUUGAGACCAGCGAUGAGCUGGAAGGCCAUGAAGAGGACAAGGCACGAGCUUGGUGGCGACUGGGACGGUGCUACUGGGAGAUGGGCGAGGACCACCGCGAAGAGGCCUACAAGUACUUUGUCACCUCCCUCAAGCGCUCUUCGACUUUCGCUCCCGCCUUCACUUCGCUCGGUAUCUACUAUGCGGAAUUCCUCUCGCCUCCCGACCCCAAUCGCGCCUCGAAGUGUUUUGAGAAGGCAUUCGUGCUGGACCCGCGGGAAGGCGAUGCUGCGCGUCGGCUGGCUGAAGGCUUUGCGGAAGAGGGUGACUGGGAUCUCGUCAAUGUCGUUGCGCAACGCGCUAUCGAAGGAGAGGGAGGAGCCGAGGACGGUCCGGAAGUCAAGGCCUCUCGCCGUUACCGCCCCAUCAACGCCUGGGCUUGGAAAGCUGUGGGCGCGGUCGAAUUGACCCGUCGCAAUUAUGCCUCUGCCAUCGAGCCGCUGCAAAUCGCACUUAGGACCGACGUCGACGACUACAUGUCAUGGCUUAGACUCGGAGAAGCCUACAACAAGGCUGGUCGCUACGCUGCCGCGCUGAAGGCUCUGGAACAUGCCCGAGAGCUCGAUCCCAACGACUGGGUGGCAUCCUACUUCCUCGGGGACGUACAACGGCAAAUGGGAGUUUAUGAGGAGGCGAUUAAGGCGUUCGAGUCCAUCUUGGAUGUGCGGCCCCAAGAGCUCGGCGUCCUGGACACCCUCGGACAAACAUACCUUGACCUCGGUCGCCUUGAGCUUUCAACAGGAUUCUCAGCUCGAGCCGAGGGCUCGUUCGUCUCCGCCAUCCGCGUGACGCUCGAACUCGUAGACGCGAGUCCUGGGUUCCGUCGAGUUGCCUGGAAGACAAUGGCGGACGCUCUCUUCCAUCUCUCUUCAUUCUCGAUCCUCACGGACGAAGAGAUGGUCCUGGAAGUUGUUUCAAGCGUUGCCCCAUUGGUUACCGACCAUCCUGGCCAAGGGCUGACCGCCCUCGUACCUUGCCCCCUCGUAUCUGAUGAGAAUACAUCCACCCCUGUCUUUGCCUUACAAGUAGCGCUGGCUUCCUACGACUACCGGCUAUCACUCGGAACCCUCAAUGACACGGUCAAGGGGACAGCUCAUUACGAUCUGGGGAUAGCGCUCUCCACGUUCGCCAGACGCACAUUGGAUAGCGCAAAACGCGAACGAGCACAAGAUGAAGCGAUCACGCAGUUCAAGAACGCUAUUCGCGCUGUCCCUUCGAAUGAUUCGUUUUGGAUAGCCCUCGGAAAUGCAACAUUUGCGACCCAGCCGAGCCUCUGUCAACACUCAUUCGUCCGUGCGCUGGAGAUAGACUCGAAGAACGCAGCAACGUGGACUACAUUGGGCAUGUUUUACCUUCAACACGAUGACGCUGUCCUCGCGAUGGAGGCGUUCGACAAGGCUCAAACGCUGGACCCGGAUUACGCUUUAGCCUGGGUCGGACAAGCUCUCGUUGCAUCCUCCGGCGGUCACGAUAGAGAUGCUAGUACCCUGUUCGAGCACGCCACCAGCCUGACCGCAACUGUGCCAGAGGCAGACCUCGAGUUUGCAACCCGCGUCUUCCGCAAAGUCAACGAGAGCAGCACCAAGUCUCGCGCGGCAUCCUCAGAAGCCCUCCUUCCUGCGUUCUUCGUCCUCGACCGGUACUGCAAACAACGCCCGCAGGAUGCCGCCGCGCUCCACCUCUUCGGACUCGUUUGCGAACGCGUGGGGCACGUUGAGCUUGGCGUCGAAAUGAUUGCCCGUGCGAUCGCCGUACUCGAGGCCGCCUACGAGGAAACAGAGGACCCUGUGAUCGAACGCCAGUUCACCAUUGCGCACACCAACGCCGCUCGCUUGAGGCUGGCUACGGGCGACUUCGACGGCGCGCUAGAAUCAUACGGAGUCGCCACUAGUCUCAUGCCAGAGGGUGAAGCGGCAAAUGAAGAGUCCGACUCAGAUACUCACGCACUCCUCGCGCAAUGCCAGUUCGGCUCCGGGCUGGCGCACUUCAAGCUCGGCCGGCUACCGGAGGCCCUGGCGCAAUUCGAGGCAGCGAUGGCGACUGCGGCAAACCAUGCCACGAUUCGCGGCCACGUCGUUGUGCUUCUCGCGCAGACCCUUUGGGCCAUCGGCACCGACGAGGCGAAGGAGUCGGCGAAGAGCCAGCUCCUGCAAAGCAUCGAAUACGACCCCGAGAACCUCAUGGCGGUCAACACCCUCGCCGGCAUGGGCAUCCUCACCCAGGAUGACGGGCUCGUCGACGCCGCGCUCUCCGAGCUGCUCUCGCUCCCGCUCGACCAACGUCACGAACGCGACCCGGAGCGCGAAGUCACGUACCUGCUUGUGCAGCACCACCUCGGCCAGAGCGAGGUCGGCAAAGCCAUGUCCGUCGCCCAGAAGGCGGUUUUCACUGAACCCGCGCGAUCUGACGCCCGCCAAGAGCUCGCCUCGUUGGCGUUGCGUACGGGCGACCGCACGGCUGCGCUCGCGGUCCUCGGCGGCGCGACGAGUGCGCGCGCGGACUUCGCGCACCUACGGGCGUCGCUCGCGCUGUACACGGUGGUGCUCUGCCUGGAGGUGUCCGGGGGUGACGAGCAGCAAGCGUCGGAAGCGCUGCGCCUCGCGCAGAAGGGCGUCAUGCUCUCGCCAUGGGAUCUACGAGCCUGGGAGACGCUAGCGUAUGUUCGCAGUCACUGUGCGGAGUGA